AUGCACCCUCAACCCCAAAAUUCAUUUUAUGUACCGCUCCAACGCCGUGCAAGUGGAGUGGUUGUAGAUACAGAGUGGACCAUCACAAAAGUGCAGCGCGCUGCUAUGCGUUUCUUUUUGCUCGACCGUUUUCAAUUAAAAAAGAUUGCUGUAUGGAUUGCUACAUUCCAUUACGUUCCAUUAUUGGCAUGUAUUCUUACUAUAUGGCUAAAUUGUUCGUUGCACCUCUUUUUUUCUUUUGUUUUUCCUAUUCUUCGUGAAAAAUAUCACUGGUCUAUGUACACUUGGCGAGAUGUUAGAGAAAUUCCAACUGCUCAUGAUGCAAUGAGAGCUUUAUAUGUUGUGUUAGCUCAUAUUGGAUUACUUAUCGGAAUGGUUGUUUUAGGUUACCAAUUAAUGAGUUCUGUUACGGAUGCUGCUAUUGAUUCAUGUCGAGUUGGGUAUGAUGAUGUUGCCCAGUGUACUUCUGGAUUCUACAGACUCUUAAAGGAAUUUCAGGUAGUACUUAUUUUACCAUAUGCAAGAUUUCUUAUGUUAUUUCUCACUAUCUGUUUAUCAAUAUUUCUUGUAGGUAUGUUUGGAAGUGAUUCACUUGUGGAAUGGGAUAGAAGGGGUAAUGAUGUUUUUAUCCUUUUUAUUGUUUCUAUGAGUCUCUUGAUGAUAUUCUCAUUAAUGGACUUUUGGAGAAAUGUUGAUAAUUCACUGGGUCCAUCCAUGAUAUUUUGGUGGCGCAAAGCAUUACCACGUGUGAGACGUUUUUACUUGUAUGUUCUUGUUCUUUACAGUGGUUACCUUUGUUGGAUUAAGGAUUGUAAUCGUGGUUUUGCAAGUUUUUGUGAGGGUAUGGUAUAUAUAUGUCUACUUCACGUAGUUUUGGUGUUGGCCAUUCGUAUUACAAUUUUUCUUUACAGCUUUGUUAAUUUUAUCGGUGAAGUAUGGGGAGAUACACGUAUACGAUGGAUCUUAUUGGGAUGUGCGAUACCGCUUCUAGUAUUAAUUCUCUUCUCUGCCUCGUUUGUGUCCGCUCCCCUUUUCCUUUUGCAGAUUACUUCUCUCUGUUUUAUUGCCAGUGCCAUUGUGAGACGUUGGCGUCAUUGUGCCUUCCGUGAUGCCCUCAAGCCCCGUGUGGCCUCCACCAUUACGACGCCCACGACGUCGGACCCGAGCAGUCGGAGCGGCAGCACGUCGCUGCCGGGCGGGGCGGACGUGGAGUUGUACUGCGUGGUGGACCGCCGGCGGCCGGGCGUCGCGCUGCGGGCGUUCCUGCGCUUGACGUGCGCGGCGGUGGCGGCGGUGGUGUUGGCGCUGGCGCUGUGGGUCGGCGUGAAGCAUCCGGGCAAAGAGGGCGCGACGGCCACCCGCUGCGACGGCGACGGCUCCGGCGAGCGCAUCCGCGUGACGGCCCGCAUCUUGACCGCCGAUCUCUACGGCCUCCCGCGCCACGCCGACCCGCAGGCGCUGGUCUACGAGAGCGACAAGAGUAAAUACAGCGCGGCGCGGCAUCAGGGGCUCUGCGCGCAGCAUUGGGCACAGGAUCUGCACGCCGGCGAUCUCGCGUACUUUUCUCUCAUGGCAUAUCUCCAGCGGGAGUCAAAGGAUUCCGUUACCAUGCUGAACUUCUACAAGCGGCAUAGAGAUGGGGCAGAGGAUUGGGAAGAUAUUCCCACCAAUCAGACAUACGGAAGAGCCGUUUUUCGACACAUUUACUCACGCUCAAAAAAUACAUCCGUUAUUGCUAUUAGAGGUACAGAUAUUACUUCACCCUUUGAUUUUUUGCAAAAUAUGCUUCUUUUUAGUGAAACAAUCGUUUUCAGAGUGCUUGCAAAUGUACUUCCACUCGCAGGUCUUAUCCCAGAACGUGUUAUCGUGGAUUAUGUGGCUGCCUCAAGUGCUAUCAGUUCUUUACUUCUCGGUGGACCAUCAAAGGAUUAUUAUCACUUACAUGUUGAAGAGUACCUUAAAAACGUUCAUUCCAAAUAUAUCGUUCUCACAGGACACUCUCUCGGAGGAGUGGUGGCACAAAUUGUGGCCGCACACACACACCUCCCAGGUGUUGCAUUUAGCAGUCCAGGAGUUAAUCUCAUGCGAAAAAAAUUAAACCUUGAUCCUGAUGCCAUUGACGGAUUCACAACAAACGUUAUGGUCUCUAAUGACUUUGCUGUGGCCAUUGAUACUCCAGGUGGAACUGUAUAUCAUAUUCAAUGUGAGCACAAAACUUCAGAGGUGUGUCAUUCAAUGGAACUUCAUACAAUUCGUAUAUGGACGGUGUGUCCCUCAUACCGUGAAAAAACACUUCUCAAUGGUACCUAUAAGCUUACAUCAUAA